AUGGCGUCCCAGCCUAAGCCUGCCGACACCCUACUCUCUGCUCCCUUGAUCCGAAUCCUCGCAGCCUCUUCAGCCCUUCCAAACAUGAUCUGGGAUGGGCAAAACCAUUCGAACGAUACUUACCUCUCCAUCGUUUUCAACAGCAGGAAAGCCCGCCCCCUUCAUCUCGACUCCAACAAGCUGCAGCACUUCCCGACAGCAACCUUCAGGUUUCUACCCGCCCAAGAAUCGAAACUCCAACCACCCUACCCAUCUACCAUGGCCACCAACGGACAAAGCAACGACAACUGUGACGGCACAAAAGGUUCCGACGACGCCUCUGUUCCAGCAACGCCUCACACCGUCCACAACACGACAUCUCGACCGGCCCGUCAGCGGAGCAUCGCACUGAUGGACGAGACCGGCUCAUUGUCUCCUGAGCAGCCAGCAACAUCUCUGUGCAGCAACGCUCUGUAUUGCGUCGAAGUACCAGUUCGUGAGACGUCCAACGUACGAAGUUUCUCUUCCUCCAACGCCAGUCAAGACAGCAACACUCCUUCAUUUCCGAGCACAUCCGUGGACAGGUACACUCGAGUGCCCCCGCCUGUUGGGUGGACGCGCCGGUCGGCCCGCGACGCUCGCACCUCCUCUGAGAAAAGCCCGCCUCAUCACUGCUCAACCGCUAGCAGCAAGACCAAGUCUGAGCCGCCGACGUUAACGUUGACAAAGGCCACGGCUUCCAAGCUGCCCACGAUCAGCGACCCCGCCCCUGUCUCUUUCGAUAUCGCGACGUCGGGCUUGUAUACCAGAGUGUCCAGCUCAGUCACUUUUGAGAAUGACCACACGAGGCGUACAUCGUCGGAGCCAAAGUCUCAGCGACUUGCCGAACGAGAACAGCAAGAAACCGCUCUUAUCAAAAGCUCGUCCCCUUCGCUCACAGCCAGGGAAGCAGAGGGAGCUUGCCCCAACCCCAGCGAGCUUGAGCACAUUACUACAUCCCAAGAGUUAACCUCUGCGAGCCGCCCCACCUCUAAACGACUUCGAUUCUAUGCCACGGACUCCGAGUCGGAAUUUGACGUCGUGCCACCGAAGUUGCCGAAGACAGAAACUCCAUCGGAAGAGGUCGAGUCUGGCAGUGCAGACGUUGAAGAGUGGUUAGAGACCGAAAGCUCCGAGUGUACCCAUGACAAUGACUCGACCAUCUAUGACAAUGAAUGUGUGCUACUCCAGCGCGACAUCAACGCCGUUAUUGAGAAGGCUGUAGAGUCGAUUGGCAAUCUCAAGCCUUUGCACCAGCGCCUCGACGACUGCCGCAAAGCAGAUGACGACCUCGACUAG